UCAAAGGAAAUUUCAUGCUGCAUCAAGACUUGAGACAAAUGGCUCGCUCACGGCGCUCGGUCCUCUUUGCUGCACUCAUAGUGUCUGCUCUUUUCCUGUAUGUUCUUUUACCGGCUGGCCCGAAGGAAGAUCUGAGUCAACUAGGGCGAGAGAUGUAUGGAGAAGAACACCAGCACGACUCGUCUUCCCCGCUCCGACAGUCUAUCGUUCACAAGGGUAAACAAAAUGAGACCAUGGAGGGCCCCACGGGGGAUCCCAAGGAGAUCACUCAUACAGUAUUCUUUGAUAUUACACAUGGAGAAAAGCAGCUGGGAAGAAUAACCCUAGGUCUCUUUGGAAAUGCUCUCCCAAAAACCGUAGAGAAUUUCAGGGCACUGGCAACAGGCGAGAAAGGAUUCGGAUACAAGAAUUCCAAAUUUCACCGGAUCAUUAAAGGGUUCAUGGUUCAGGGUGGGGAUAUCACGCGUGGUGAUGGACGGGGAGGAAAGUCAAUAUACGGCGAUCGAUUCCCCGAUGAGGGGUUCAUUUUUAAACAUGAUGGCCCUGGCAUGCUCAGUAUGGCGAACGCGGGGCCAGAUACGAAUGGCUCCCAAUUCUUUAUAACAGCCGCUGCUACAAAUUGGCUCGACCCUGAGCAUGUCGUAUUUGGAAUGCUUAUAGAGGGCAUGGAUAUACUUCGGGCAAUGGAAGCGGUGCCGACAAAUAUGUCUGAUCGGCCACUACAGGAUGUGGUGAUAUCUGAUUGUGGAGUGUUGAAACCUUGAUGGAGCUGUAUGGCUGUUGCAGGGUCAACUUGGCCUAUGUUGAAAAGUAUCUGGAAUGAAGAGGAACUGGAAUCGCCGAGUGGGUUUGUACAUAGGGAGGUGCCCUUUUCUUUGUAAUUAGGAGUUUUGGUAGCUCCAUUGAUAGCAUCUGGAGAAUGUCGUUGCAACAGAAUUGUCGAAAAUGAACAUCUCAUCCGUAUGACAAGGGUAUCACUCGUACAUAUCAUGUAAAUACGGAGUUUUCAAUUGCUAGUUUCAUGGGAGUUGUGCAGUUAUGUAGCGCAAUUGUAGAAGUAGAACAGUGACGAUGGCAUGUGCAUUGCGAAUUCUUAAUAAAUUGGCCAAUACCAAAAUCAGG